UUUAAUUUGCUAUGGCAGGAUAAGAACUCUGACUUGUCGAUGAAGAUUGAAGAAGGGUUUGGGCCCAAUGGACUGGGAAUUCUAUCGGUCACAGAUGUCCCUGGAUACUCUUCAUUACGGACUAAUCUUUUGCAUCUUGCACCAAGAUUGGCUAGUCUUCCUGAAAAGGUGAAGGAGGAACUUGAGGAUCCUCAUAGUAGGUACAAUUUUGGCUGGAGUCAUGGGAAAGAAAAGCUUGAAUCUGGGAAGCCUGAUCUAUUAAAAGGUUCUUUCUAUGCAAAUCCUAUACUAGAUAGGCCUACAACAGAGGCAUCUUUGAUACAACGGUACCCCUCGUACUGUGGAUCAAACAUAUGGCCCAGCAAUGCAUUACCAGAACUUGAAGUGGCUUUCAAAGCACUUGGGAAGCUGAUGUUUGAUGUUGGGCUGAUGUUGGCAUAUCACUGCGAUCAAUAUGUAUCUAAAGGGAUAAAAAAGCACCAAGAUGAGGGUCUAGAGCCAAUACUUCGCCGCUCCCGCUGUCAUAAAGGGCGUUUGCUUUAUUAUUUUCCUGCACAGCAAGGCGCUCUGGAUGGUAGCUCCAUGUCUGAUUGGUGUGGUUGGCACACAGACCAUGGUUCACUAACAGGUCUGACCUGUGGUAUGUUUAAGAGAGAUGGCGUGGAAGUACCUUGCCCUGACAGUGCUGCUGGCUUAUACAUUCAAACACGAAGUAACCAAGUUGUGAAAGUAUGCAUUCUUUUCCUGAAAUUGCAAGUUGUGUUUGGAAAAGAUGAUAUAGCUUACCAAAUUGGCGAAACCACUGAAAUAUUAUCUGGAGGUUAUCUUUGUGCCACACCUCACUGUGUUCAGGCUCCCAAGGGAGAGGAGGCUUCUGGUAUCGAACGUUCAACAUUUGCACUCUUCAUGCAACCUGACUGGGAUGAAAAGCUCAAUUUUCCUGAGGAUGUUCAUAUUCAUAAGGAGCUAAUACCCUCAAAUGCUGCCCUUACUUUUGGAGAGUAUUCAGAGAUGCUGCUAGACAAAUAUUACCACCAAAAGAAGUAACGUUACCAUUUUACCUUACCUAUUGAUGUCUAAUUAUGAAUUGGACUCCUUUGCCUUUGUAGAUUUUCUCUUGGUUUCAAAUCUAGCUGCUAGUUGAUCUGGUUCUUUAGUUGAUGUUGAUCAGGUUGCCUUUUGGUUUUUUUUUUUUUCCUUCCAAGGACCUAAGGUUUAAUGUCAGUAUCUUCUCAGCCUAGAACUAGUUGGGAGGGAAGAGAAAUAAUGCCAUGAAUAAAAAGUAAUUUGUAAUAUUAUGAUGGCAUUCCGUUGAACUAAAAUAUUUGUUAAGUUAUAAGAAAAUAGAAGUGGAGUUGAGUGGGUA